AUGCUAGAGCUGAGCAAGAUGCAGGGCUGCACGGUGAGGAGCUGGGUUCCUCUGGGCCUGUUCCUGGUCUGUCUUCACCUUCCAGGCCUCUUUGCCAGGAGCAUCGGUGCAGCAGAGGAGAAAUCCCCCCAAGACUUAGGGCCCAACUUGCCUCAGUUUGAACAACCUUCCUUGAGCAGCCUUUCCAAUGCUGAACACCCUCAGCUCAACCCAGUCUCUGAGUCUGAGGGGGCUCCUCUGAACCACAACAUUUCUCCAUCAGCCGGCUACCAACCUACAGAAUAUCUUGAGUCCCAGGGGUGGCCUCUCUCUGAGGGGCUGCCCCCUACAGAUUCCUGGUCUUAUGAGGACCCAUGGUGGAUGAUAUCUGCUGCAGAUGAAGACUAUGCAGGGGAAGCACUGCCUGAAGAGCUGUCCUUCCUUUCUGGUGCUGUUGCCCACCCUCUGGGUGGUGACCCUUUGCCAGCAGGGCCCUCUACACACUCUCCAGGUGAUUUGUCCAAGUCUUCACUCCACCCUGAGGCCAGACAGCCACCCCGACCUAGUGUGCUGGGAGGCCAUGGUCGAAUCCUUGCCCACCGCCCAUUCUGGUCACUCAUCAACAAAAUUCGACAGUCACUGCUGUCUGGUCGCCCUUGGGGUACCCUGAAUCCUGCUAGGCCAUGGGGAGCAGGAGGCCUUGGAACUGGGUGGGGAACUAGGCCCAUGCCAAACCUUCUGGAAGCUGGGGGCAUCAAAAAUCAGUACCCAAGUACUAGCUGGGGGGGUCUUAAUCGAUUUCCAGGUACCAGCUGGGGGAAUAUUAAUCAGCUCCCAGGAGGCAUCUGGGGGAAUAUUAACCGGCUCCCAGGAGGCAUCUGGGAGAAUAUUAAUCGGCUCCCAGGAGGCAUCUGGGGGAAUAUUAAUCGGCUCCCAGGAGGCAUCUGGGGGAAUAUUAAUCGGCUCCCAGGAGGCAUCUGGGGGAAUAUUAAUCGGCUCCCAGGAGGCAUCUGGGGGAAUAUUAAUCGGCUCCCAGGCACUAGUUGGGGGAAUAUUCAUGUACAACCUGGUGGUAAUCAUAAAUUUCCUGCUGGAGUUCUCCAACCUCCUAGCUCUUCUUGGGACACUCCAGUUGGCUUAUCCAAUCCUGAAAAUCCUGGGACACAGUAGGGCUAGGAGAAUGACAGGGGAAACCCUAAAUCAGAUGGGUGGUGGUGGUGAGGGGCUGUUCCCAUCUCCUGCAGUGUGAACUAAAUCAAAAUUCAAUCGAAGCAUUUCCCAGCAUGAUUUUCACUUUCCAUUGCCUGCCUCCCCUCCUCCACUUCUGUUCUCAACUCCAA